GGGUGGUGGCCGUGGAAACGACGACAUCACGCUAUUGUUGCAGCAGAGAAUCCAGACUGUGAUGUCCGUGGUGACGACAGGUCUAUUUUGAGAGUCUUCUGCGGCAGUUUCUCAGCCUGUUCACCAUCACAACGGUUGGAGGGUGGCUCCUCUACAUGUCCUUUGCCACGCUCAGCUACGUCUUCGUGUUCGACCACCGCCUCAGAAAACACCCUCUCUUCCUCCCGAACCAAGUGAGACGAGAGAUCGUCCACGCCUCGAAGUCCAUCCCUUGGAUGACGCUUAUGACUACGCCCAUCUUUGUACUGGAGGUCCGCGGCUACUCCCGGCUCUACGAGGGUGUCUCCGGCGUGCGGGGAUGGAUGUUUAACGCGGCGAGCAUGCUACUGUUCCUAAUGUUCACGGACGCACUUAUCUACUGGAUUCACCGCUGGCUGCAUCACCGACUGGUGUACAAGCACAUUCACAAGGGUCACCACACUUGGAAGGUCCCUACUCCCUUUGCCAGCCAUGCCUUUCACCCCAUCGAUGGUUUUCUGCAGGGCCUCCCCUACCACAUAUACCCUCUGCUCUUUCCAUUGCACAAGAUCGUCUACCUCGUCUUGUUUGUCUUUGUCAACCUGUGGACUAUAUCCAUUCACGACGGCGACUACCGAGUCCCGGGUAUCCUCCAGCCAUUGAUAAAUGGCUCAGCUCACCACACAGACCACCACCUGUUCUACAACUACAACUAUGGACAGUACUUUACUCUCUGGGACAGGAUCGGAGGCUCAUUUCGGAUGCCGACAGCAUUUGAAGGGAAGCUUCUGGUUGACGAUGUUAGCAAGGGUAGUUGAUAUUGCGUUUUGUCUGCUCUUCUUGAAUGUUUUUCAUUCAAUACUGCUACACAAAAGUU